GGAAACCAUACAUUCACAGAGGUAUACUAGAGAACGUAAAACACAGGCUGUAUGCCUUCCAUCCUUACCAUACAAAUCUGAAAAUGUAUUUGUUUAUCGGACCGCUCAUUUGGAUAUUUAAACACGUUGUUAUCUCCCGUUUGAAUUGAAGGUCGAGUAAUCGUUACGUCUGUAGAGUAAGUUCUAACCGAAGAUGUAAUCUUUUUUUUAUUCAAAUAGAUAUAGCAACGUUGACUUAUUGACCUUCAGUUUAUUCAGUAUUUAGCAAGUCUGUAUGUGUUUUUUUAUCGCGUUUGAGUUGAUCAAGAUUUGUGAAUAGACUUUGUCCUUGAAUGAAUAUAAUACGUUAAGUAACACUGAGAUUAUCUACAUUGUAGAUUAUCAGUGCUUUUAGAUAUCUAAUGAGAUUUCUGGAUCUUCUACAACCGUUUUAACGUAAUAACAUGUUGAGAUCCACGUUCAACUUUAAACAGUGCUUAAAACUUGGUGAUGUGUUGAACGGUGAUUUGCAUACCAUGCAUUAUUCUGACAUCUUUGCGCUGCGAACCUUCACCAUUAAAGUGGUUCAUUUGGUUGUCAACUGAUGGAAUAUAGAUUCUUGUUUAUUUUCGUUUGUUCAGUAUGGUGAUGAUUGUCAUCAGUGUGAAGUGUUCUAGCGUUGACUGUGCGCUUCAUCGAUAGUAGUCAACCAAUCAAAUACCAUAUAUUCGUCUGUGGGCUACGAGGUUUGAGUGAAAGCUUAUAUUACCUGGUUACUAUAAUCUAGUUAACUGAAUCAGAUAUCCGUUCGAAAAGCUAACAAAAACACAUAAUAGUAAGCGUCGUUGUAUAAAAUAUAGGUGUAUGACUGAGGUCUAUUGGUCGAUGACACUUUAUUUGCUCACUAGAAGCCUCAUCGCAUGGUUCGUAAUAAAGACCAGAAUAUGGGCCGUUAAUUGUGGUGGCCCUAAACACAUUGAUUCACAUGGAGUCGAAUAUAAGGCUGAUUUCUUAGACAUGGGUACUGCAUCGGACUACGGCCGCUCGUUUGCAAUAAAUCGUGUUCCCUCAGCAGACCAUAUAAUUUAUCAAACUGAACGGUAUCAUAACGAAGACUUUUCUUAUCCUAUUCCAAUAACAUCUGAUGGGGAGUACAUUCUUACUUUAAAAUUUUCUGAGGUUUGGUUUACUGAGCGUUAUCAAAAAGUAUUCAAUGUUCAUAUUCAAAAUUCACUCCCACUUGUUCAAAACUUGGAUAUUUUUGGUCAAGUUGGCUUUGCUACUGCAUUCGAUUUAAAUGUGCCGCUUAAAAUAAAAGAUGGAGUCAUAUAUAUUAGAGAAAAUACAGUCACUAUCGAUGACGAUCAUUUUACUGUGGACUUUAUUAAAACUCAGUUUGAUAAUCCGAAAAUCAAUGCUAUUGUUGUGACUAAAGGCUCAAUAGAAGAUGUCCCUCAAUUACCACCGUUAGAAAAAGUAGAAACAUUUGAUCAACAGGUGUUACAUCCUCAUAAAUUAUCUGAUUCUGAUGAUGAUGAAGAAGAAGAAGAAGAUUCGGAAUCAAUGCAACAGAGACCAUUUAGAACACCAAGAGCAAAAGAUCCUUAUGCUUCUAUCGACUAUUCCUAUUUAAUUUUACCUAUUAUAGUAUCGGUUGGAGCAUUUCUACCAAUUCUCUUUUGUUUAUGUAAACUUUGAAGAAAAAUACAAUAAAUAGUUUUUCUUGAUAUUACUGAUGAUGUUCUUAUUGUUGUUGUUUUUGUGUAAUUUCUUUUAAUUAUUCACAUCUUUUGUAGCGUAUAUGCACUUGCUUUAUUUUGUCUUUCUUGAAGCUAAAAUUUUCAUUCUAUGGACUGUACAUUGUUUGAAAAAAUGCACAUAUUAUUAGUGUCACUGUAUAAUAGAAUCGUUAUUCUUUAUUGUUUUUUAAAUGUGUGAUUUUUCAGAUAGGUUAAUUGCUUAUUUGUUUUGUUUGCUGUUUUAGACAUUAAAAUUCAUAAAGAGGGUUAUAAGUACUUAAUGGAUACUUAGGGUUAAGUAGUAAGUGUAAUCUUUCUAUAAGGAUUCACUUUCACAAUAAACAAAUAAUCAUAUUAACAAUAACUGUAAACGUAAUCUAAUUCUUCUAUAUUGUUGGUUGUAUUAUAUGAGUGAUUUAUUUCAACUUUGAACAAAUUGUCAGUGAAACUAUUAUUAUUAUUUCAGUAUCCAGUAAAAUAAUUCAUCCGGUAUUAUAUUUCGGGAUUUUAAGAAUGUUUGUUAUUGCGAUUAUUAGUGAUCUUGUCCAUUAUUCAUUCUUUGUAGGUUAUGUACAGAUGAUGUAAAAAUAUUUUAUUAUCAGUAAAUCUAUAUUCUCAAACCAACGAGUUAUUUUCUAAUUGCUUUAUAGGUUCUCUGAAGUUGUAAAUACUAUUUGACUGCUUCAUUGUGUAGGUCACUGAAACCCUAUGAGAAUUAUAACGUAUUACACAUUUCGUUUUUAAAAGUAUCCUUACACUAAACGACAUCUUUGGGUAAACAAAAACAAAAUAGUCGCUGCCUUUCGUCCACCCGGCUUCAUUAUCGUUCAUUUUUAACAUAAUUAACCAUUGAGAUAUUUCUAAAAUAAUGAAGAAAUAUUUCUUUUAAAUCAGGUUUUUAACAUAGCUGUGCGUAUAUAUAUAUAUAUAUAUAUA